UCUCGGCGCCUAGCAUCUGGGCAGCGUCAGCCGCUACGUCCGCCUUUUCCCGGUCUCUAGGGGUUUCUCCUCGCGCCACUGUGUUCCAGCGCCGGCUCCGAGCUGGGAGAGUGACUGAGCCCUGAGCUUGGGCCUUCCGAGAGGUGCUCUAGCUCUGGGUUUUCUUGCCCCUACGCCCGAGCCUGGCGCCGUCUCGUCUCCCUCUUAGGAACGCUAUCCCUGGGCAGAAAUUGCCUUUGUGGCUGAAGUCGGCCAGCGUCGCGUUUCCACUCUCCCGCCGAAUCUGGACCCAAGCCAGCCUCCCCUUGUGCUUCGGUAGAUAGCUUGUGUUAAGGCGCCAGCUUCUUGGAACAGAACUCUCUGCAAAAGUCGCGCUGAAGAAUUCAUAGUCAAAAGCUGAACUUGCAGAAGUUUUUACUUCUAGAAUGAGUGUUGAAAUGAGAUCAAUUCUGACAUUCAGUUUCGCUUUUGUAAACCUUGGACUAACUCAGCUACUCUGAUGAGCUAAAGACUGCAGUAUAUUUGAAGGAAGACACGAGGAACUGUUUUGUAUUUUGUACGGAUAGAACAGGACCCUGAGGAGAUUAUUAUAUGAAGACUAGUUAAAGAAACUAGCCUGGAGAUGGCUUAUGUACUCUAUCCUUUGUUUUUGUUUUGUUUUUUGAGACAGAGUCUCGCUGUUGCCCACGCUGGAGUGCAGUGGCGCGAUCUCGGCUCAUUGUAACCUCCGCCUCCCGGGUUCAAGUGAUUCUCCUCCCUCAGCCUCCCGAGUAGCUGGGACUACAGGCAUGCACCACCACGCCCGGCUAAUUUUUUUGUAUUUUCAGUAAAGACGGGGUUUCACCAUGUUGGUCUGGCUGGUCUCGAGCUCCUGACCUCAAAUGAUUCGCCCGCCUCGACCUCCCAAAGUGCUGGAAUUACAGGCGUGAGCCACCGCGCCCGGCCUCUCUCCCCUUUGUUAUGGGCCCUAAAUGACUCUAUUUCCUCCGGCAAAUCACCUGCCCGACGCCUGUAGGUAUUUGAAUUGAUGAUUCAUGAUAUGGUCUUUAGAGGCUCCAGAGGAAUUCGCAAAUAUAUUAGCAUCCACUAAGUGAUUGCUGAUUACCUGAGAUACAGCAGGACAAAAAGGACAACAUCUCUGCCUAUGGGAGCGGGGAUCUGAUGAGCUUCUUUCUUCUGGCAUCGUUAACGGACCUUUUACCAUGAAUAGUUCUACUCCUUCUGCAGGUGUGUAUGGUUCUAUUUUAUGUCCAUUGACAAUUUUGAAAAAGUUCCACGCUUUUCCAUCUAAUGGGAAUGACAGCAAGAAAUUUAAACGAGAUAGACCUCCCUGUUCGCCUUCCCGUGUUCUCCAUCUUCGAAAAAUUCCAUGUGAUGUCACCGAAGCAGAGAUCAUAUCAUUAGGUCUACCAUUUGGCAAAGUAACUAAUCUUUUGAUGUUGAAAGGAAAAAGCCAGGCUUUCUUAGAAAUGGCUUCUGAGGAAGCUGCUGUUACUAUGGUGAAUUAUUACACUCCUAUUACUCCUCACCUUCGAAGCCAGCCUGUUUAUAUUCAGUAUUCCAACCACAGAGAACUUAAGACUGACAAUCUACCUAAUCAAGCUCGAGCCCAAGCUGCACUGCAGGCUGUCAGUGCCGUCCAAUCAGGAAGCCUGGCCCUUUCUGGAGGUCCUUCCAAUGAAGGCACAGUCCUACCUGGGCAGAGCCCUGUGCUUCGAAUAAUUAUUGAAAACCUCUUUUACCCUGUUACCCUGGAAGUUCUUCAUCAGAUAUUUUCUAAAUUUGGCACAGUCUUGAAGAUUAUCACCUUUACAAAGAAUAAUCAGUUUCAAGCCUUGCUUCAGUAUGCUGACCCAGUAAAUGCACAUUAUGCCAAAAUGGCUCUGGAUGGCCAGAAUAUCUAUAAUGCGUGCUGCACUCUGCGCAUUGACUUCUCCAAGCUCACCAGCCUUAAUGUGAAAUAUAAUAAUGACAAAAGCAGAGACUUCACUCGCUUAGACCUUCCUACUGGUGAUGGCCAGCCAUCCCUUGAACCCCCUAUGGCUGCUGCUUUUGGUGCACCAGGUAUAAUUUCUUCACCAUAUGCAGGGGCUGCUGGAUUUGCCCCAGCCAUUGGAUUUCCUCAAGCUACAGGUCUAUCAGUUCCAGCUGUUCCUGGAGCUCUUGGUCCUCUCACAAUCACCUCCUCUGCUGUCACUGGAAGGAUGGCCAUUCCUGGGGCUGGUGGUAUACCAGGAAAUUCUGUUCUGCUCGUCACAAAUCUCAAUCCUGAUCUUAUCACACCACAUGGGCUUUUUAUCCUAUUUGAGACAGGGUUUCACCAUGUUGGCCAGGCUGGUCUCGAAUUCCUGACCUCAACUGAUCCACCCACCUGGGCCUCCCAAAGUGCUGGGAUUACAGGAGUCUAUGGUGAUGUACAUCGAGUGAAGAUUAUGUUUAAUAAGAAAGAAAAUGCCUUGGUUCAGAUGGCAGAUGCAAAUCAAGCUCAGCUAGCAAUGAACCAUCUAAGUGGUCAAAGACUUUAUGGGAAAGUGCUUCGUGCUACACUGUCCAAACAUCAAGCAGUACAGCUUCCUCGAGAGGGACAAGAAGACCAAGGUCUGACUAAGGAUUUCAGCAAUAGUCCUUUGCAUCGCUUUAAAAAGCCGGGCUCUAAAAACUUCCAGAAUAUCUUUCCACCAUCAGCCACUCUGCAUCUUUCCAACAUUCCCCCUUCUGUUACAGUGGAUGAUCUGAAGAACCUUUUCAUAGAAGCUGGAUGUUCAGUGAAGGCUUUUAAAUUCUUUCAGAAAGAUCGCAAAAUGGCGCUCAUUCAAUUGGGAUCUGUGGAAGAAGCAAUUCAGGCCCUCAUUGAGCUUCAUAACCAUGACCUUGGAGAAAAUCACCACCUCAGAGUUUCCUUCUCAAAAUCUACAAUCUGACUUUUCUGUGAAUUUUUCUCCUAAAACUGGACCAUAAUUUCAGUAAAACCUUCAGACAUAGACUGAAGCAGCUCAAGACCAAUUUUGCCUCUUUCACAAAAAUAACUCUUUCUGAGUUUGAUAUUCAAGUAUAUUUUAAAAGUCAAGGGAUUUUUUUUUUUUUUUUUUUAUUCCCCCUGCCCCCGCCAGUCAAAGGUUUCUUUUCCCUUUUUACCAUGGUUUCUACAAAAAUAACUUUCAGGAAAAAGAAAAUCAGGAAAAAAAAUUUUUUUUUAAUAAUCUUAUUCCCUAUAUUAAAUUAGAUUUGAAGAGGAUUAACUUUGUUUUAGUUUGGGUCCAGAUCAGCCUUAUACAACGUUUCUAAACUCAUUUGUACUUUUAAAAAAUUUAAACACAGACUUCUAAAAUUACUUGAUGUAAGUAAUUUAAAUCACUUAUGACCAGGUUAUUAACCUUAUGAAUCAGAAGUCUGACCCUUGUAGGAAAUUAUAUUCACUUAUAAAGUACAUCAGAUCUUUGCCAUAUAUUGAUGAUGAUUAUGCAUAAACACAUUGAAUUGUGUUGGAAGCAGAUUUAUAAACCUGCAUGUUUUCUUUGAAUGAUUUCUUUUUUUUCACUGUAAGACACUCCUUUAAAUAAUGCCUAUCUUUAACUUUUUAAGACUAUUUGGAAAAAUGCGGUGUCUCAGCUGUCCCCAGGGAAAUUAAGUGGAAUCCAACUAAGAUCUGUUAAGAAGAUGUCAGAAUAGCUAAUAAUUUUAUUAGGAAAAAAUCAUGUUUUAAAUUUCAAAAUGACACUUAUUUGUCAAGUAAUAUGAUCUUGGAAAAUUUUAAAGAAAAAUAAUCCUACUUAUAAACUACUUUUUUAUAAUUGUUUUCAGAAAAAAAGUUUACAGUCUUAAGGAAAAUAUUCAGGUCUAUCAUAUGGUUUGACAGAUUUUUUAAAAGUUAUUUUUGGUAAGGUCUUCUUUUAGAAAAAAAUUAAUCUCAAGGGUUUUUUGUACCACUAUAAUCUCUAAUACUUACUCAGAAUUACUGUGUAUUUACUUAAUUUCUUAUUAUGUGCCUUAUUAUGUGCUUAAGAUACAAUAGGUUAGAGUUUAAUCUAAAUAUCUUGAAAGCUAUAUUGUGGGCUUGGUAAGCAUUUUGUUUUUUCUUUCUCUGUUUUGGUAAGGAUUUAAAAUUUUUUUCAUUGCAGUUUUAAGUGGUUUUCAAUAAGUAAUAGUUUUUAUCAAAUUUUUGGUGCUUGGUGCAGAGAUGGUGUGGGGAAGGGUGAAUGGUUUUGGGAAUAGUUCAGUGCACACCUGUAGGCCUCUUUACAUUGUGACUGAUAGGGGUUAUUGCAUAUCAAUUUGGGGCUGUAGAGUGCAAUCUCAGUUUCAUCUUUAUCACCCAUCAGAAUUUGUCUCAGGAUUACUUGGUUUUUCUCAGUCCUUAAGCAAGAACUUGCUUUUCUUUGUUAAUGUGACUUCAUUACUGAGUACCCACGUAUUUGGAGUAUGAGAAGGUGGGUUAUUUCUCAUACUCUGCCCCUCUCUUUUUCGUUGAAUGUAAGAGUACAUUUUAAUGUUGCUUCAGUGAUUGUAUAAUGUAAAAUUGUUUCUUUUUAAUAAGAAACUUUGCUAUUAUUUCUUCAGUUGUUGAUCAGAAUUUUUUAAAGCAGAAUUUGUCAAAAGGGUCAUUUUUUUGUCUACCCCUUUUACACUUUUCAGAUUCUCAGAGUGUCUCAUCUCAACUUUUAAAAGAAUAAAUAAUAUCUUGCUGGGCAUGGUGGUGUGCGCCUAUAGUCCCGGCUACAGGCUGAGCCUGUAGGCAGGAGGCUAUAGGCAGGAGGAUCACUUGAGCCCAGGAGUUCGAGGCUGCAGUGUGCUAUGAUCACAUCUGUGAAUAGUCACUCCACUCCAGCCCUGGAACAUAGUGCGACCCUUUCUCUUAAAAGUAAAAAUUAAGAAAAUCUCAAUCUCUUUGCUGUAUUCCAGUGAUUAAUUUGAACAUAGGGAGGUUUUUACAGAAGAAAUUUUACCAAAAAAUAGAGACUGCAAGAGAUGAUACAGAUUGUUUAAAAAGCAGAAUUCACUCACCACUGAGCAACACUUAGUUGGUAGAAUAGAAAGGAGGGAUACUAAGUUAAGACUUUUCAAAUGGAUCAGUUUGGCUGAAUAGAUAGAUAUGAUCAUGUAUGUAGUUGUGGGGGUUUUUUGUUUUUUGUUUUUUUACUUAUGAAAUAAAUUUUUACCUAGACACAAGGGGUAUAUGAAGGAGGAAAAAAAAUUUCUUUGCAAAAUCUCCCCAAAUUUGCUUUUUUUUCCCUUCCACACGGGGACUAUUAUAAUUUUCAGUGCCAUGUUAAAUUGGAUUAUUUCAUUUACUUUAAGUUAGGAAUUACUGUGUAAUUUAUUAAUUCAUGAUUCUCAGAACAUUCAGCAUAAGUGUAGCAGAGUUGCUAAUAACGGAAAGGGAUCAUAGUGGUGUUGAAUGUAAUUUUGAAGUAGGGAAUGGCCUUUUAAGUCUGAGAGAGAACAUUUGAAUCCUUUUCAGGGAUUUGUGUAGGGGUGUGUUUGUGUGUGUGUGUGAAUGUGUGUGUGUGUAGAUAAGUGUAUAUACAUAAAUACACUCUUCUAAAGUUGUAUAUACAUAUGCACAUUACAUACAUUUUAAUUUAUUGACAAAAUUAACCAAAUUAAGAUUUGGAGAUGUGGGAUGUUCUUGUUUUAAAAUAGCAUGUUUGAAACCAUCAGUUUGUGUCUAAAAUUAACUGUAGCACAUGGAUGUUGUCCAUAUUAAGCUAUUUGCUGUUUGAAUUAUAGAGGUCUACAGUAUUUGUGUUGGCAUAGUUUUUGUAAAAAAAGAUUAAAAAAUAUCAGGAUGGUGGAAAAACUAGAUCUGUGUAUUUCUGUUUUGGCAUGCAUUUAUUCAGUAUCUUCUAGCAAUGGUUAAUUUUUCUCUGUUGAUCUACUGUAGUAUCCUAUUUUUAAGUUUAUUUACUUUAUUUUUAAGGAGUAUUGUCAUCACUUUUCAAGGUGUCUUGACUUCUACACAAAGUAUAUAUAUUCAGGACUUUAAAAAAUAGCAGUACACAUUUAACAGUAGCAAAUUACACCAAAAUGAUUUACUUUGAGAUUUGAAUAAUUUGCAUAGCAGUAAAAUGUGUUUUGUGUAACAUACAAAUAGAAAAAUGACCCAGUAUCUUAACUGAUACUUACUGGAGAGUAUCAGGAUUACCCAGUAGCUCUUACAGAAUGCCAUAAAUUCUUUAAGACUAAAUGCUGAAAUCAGUUAUUUGAAGUAAUGUUUCUGAUUUACUGUUAAAAGUUGCCGAGCUCAGUUUUUGGAGAUACCAUUUCUGCCUGCGUGUUUCCUUAUGAGAGUGAGGCCUUCUUUGGCUCCACCUAGUAUGAUCAUGGGUUCUGUUUUAGUUGAUGAGAAGUGGCUCCUAUGAAUGCCUCUGUUCAAUUUCUUUUUAUUUUACUUUACUUUAUUUUUUGGGGUCUCGCCAUGUUUCCCAGACUGGUCUCCAACUCCUGGACUCAAGUGAUUCUCCUGCUUCCACCUCCCCACAGUGCUGGGAUUACAGGCAUGAGCCACCACGCCUGGCUCUCGGUUCUUUUCAAUGUCUCCGUGCCAUCAGUCAGCAAUGCUUAUAUGUUUAGCAUAUUGUCAUGCAGUUUCUCUUCUGUUCCCACAAGAUAUUUUUGGACAAAAAAUUGACAGAAGUACAUGUGUUUUUCCCCACCUAUCUCUUAGAAAACCUAAUGUGUACUGCUAUUUUUAAAACCAAAAAGAGACAGCGUGACGAUGCGUAAAGCAUUUCUUAGCCUUUCCUUUGUCUUGAUCUGUUGUUAAUGAGAACAAAACUGCCAGACUUAAAAUACUCUGCUAUUGUGCUAAAAGAAACACAACUUAGAUUGCACAAAAUUUGAAAAUAUAACUCAGCUGUCUUUUAAAAGAGUUGUGUUGUUAUCUACAAGACUAUUAGCAGUCUUUUUUCAGAGCAAAUUUUAACAGCUAGUUGUGAGUGGUUUAAAAUAUAGAAAAUUAUUAAAAUCUUAGUUUGAGGGGUUUUACAGUGGGAGAAAAAACAGGACCAAAGUUUAUGUGCCUUCUUCAGUAGUCUUAAUUGACCUUUUCUUCCUAUUUGAGACUAAAGUAGUAUCAGUAUUCUGGUUUUCAGGAAAUAUGUACUAUAUAGUUUUAAAAGAAUGUUGUCCCACCAACUAUUCAUCCAAGCAAAGAAUUGUAACUGUAUAAAUAAAGUCUCAGUUACACUUUGGCCUUUAUCACAUAAUAUUCAUUAUAGAGCAUUGUGCAGGUCCAAGAAUAGAGCUGCUCAAAAUCUUUGUGGUAGUUUCCUUAGUUUUUGUAACCUGAGGCAUAUGUUCCAGAGAACAGGGAUAUUUGUCUGGUCCAGUGACCUUGGUGAUCCUAGUCAUAAUUGAAAGAUGCCUAUGGCAUGCUUAAAUCAGCAUUGUCAACUGAUUUGUUGUUGUUGUAUUUUCAUUUCUUGGAUCUAUGUAAUAGUUGUAAUAACAGAUAUUUAAAUAGCUAUUUUUUUGAUGCCAUUAAAAAAAUCAUACUCUGGCCUUUUUUCCCCCUUACCAUUGUUUCCCUGAUCUUUUAAAAAUUCAUCCCAUAUCCAGAAAGUACCAGUUAUAAAGAUUGCUGACCAAGCAAAGUUUUGCAUCAAAAUGUCACCUCAUUGCUCUGACCAAAGACUGACUGUUGUGGUUUUAACUCCUCUCUGUGAAGCAUUUUGCAUUUCCCCCAAGCUCCUUUCUGAAAGAAGACCCAGUGCAGAGCGGCCUUUACUUUCAAUUUCUACUGCUGAAUAGACUACUUAGAGAAAAUGUGAGUUUCAGUGUGAACAGAAUGGAUUAGGAUGACGAGUUUGAUGGGCAUUUUCAGUACUGUAUCUCAGAAAAAAAAAAAAAUAGCACAGCUAGGAGCCUCUGACAUUGUCUGGUGUUUUACGUGGUCUGUUCAUCAAAAUUCCCCUUUUCAGUUUGUAAGAAUGUUCGUCUAACAGAAGAAAAUGCUGUAAAUAUUUGUAACAACAUUUUUUUUAAUAAGGCCAAAAAAGAAAAAAAGGUUUUUGGGAACAAGUGAACUUAUAAAGUGGUUUUAUAUAAAACAUCAAUUGUCUUGUAUAUUUUGGAUAAGCAGCAGUACCAGCUUUCAUUUGUAACAGAGUUUGUGGCAUUGGAAAAAAAGGAUUCUGUGAUUGUUGAAGUGAAUUAUGUUAUAAAUGCAAAGAGAAGAUAAAAAUUAAAAAACAUAUUUUCUAAA